AUGCUCACCGCGUGCAUCGAAUCGCUUGAAGUGGCGUCGACGGCGAUUCUGGCGGCGGCCGCCACAAAAAGCGGAUGGAACAAACGGCUGGACGCGCACUUGUUCGUCGUCAAACACCUUCUGAUUCUGCGCGAACAGACGGCGCCCUACCGACAGAAUGUGCUAAGGUGGUGAGAGCGUUUCCAGGCAAAAUGAGACGUGUUUGAGAAGAAAUGCUCAAUUUUCAUAAUUUUACGCCUCGCUCUCACAGUUGCAGGUCCGACUCGCUCAACACCAAGGACUUUUCGUUGGAUUUCUCGAAAUUCACGAGCGUUUUGUUCGAUUCGAACGCGAAAUGGUUCGAACUGAGCACCAAUAACACGCUUUUGGAGCUCAUCACCACGGUAAACUAUUUUUGGUAGAAAAUUAAGGGAAAUGCGGUGUUUUAGACGAAAAACCGGCUCUCUCUCUCACUAUUUUCGCUAAUAGACGUUUCGCAACUCUUCCGCAAUGCUCCCACGCCGCCUUGUUUUCAUGUAUUCUGACGCGCUUUCUCUUCCAAAAUCAAGCAUAUCUAUCACUAUUUUGAAAGUACGAGCUGCGAAAUGCUGCGAAACGAAAUGAAAAGAGUUGCGAAUCGUACGGUUGCGAAACGUUAGAGUGGCGAAAAUGAUGAGAGCCCAAAAACCAACAAGCGAUUGUAAUUUUAAUUGACAAAGUUUGCAGGUGCCGAUAGAAAUGCGUGAACACGAAGGAGACUCGCGCCGAGUGCUCGACCAGCAACUGAGGGCCGCCUCUUUCCGAUUGGCGCACGAAGCGUCGCAACUGAUGAUCGGAAAACUCGCCGAAUGGAUCGAUCUGGCCGAGGAUGAGGUGGGCUGCCUUUUUUUUUCGGAUUUUCUAAGAUUUUUGAAACAUAUUUCAUGCGAUGCGCAUUUAACUGUCUACCGUCUGCGUCUCUCUCUUUCUCUUUUCUGCCGCGCAAAUGGUAUUUCUCUCGCCCCGCGUUUUUUCGCUAACAAGCAAUUUCUAAAUUUUUAAUUUUCUAAAUUUUGCAAAAUUUUUCGUCUCUCGAACAAUUAAGCAGAAGACCGCAGUUUAAACCUAGAAAAUUGGUUUCCUUUCGUUUUUGAUAGUACAAUAAAAUUAUUUUUCGUGGGUUUUCGUUACCGUAGAGAAGAGGGAUCACGACGGAAGUGAAAUUAUUGAGUGCAAUAAAUCGAUCACGAGAUUCAAAAAUUAUUUAAAAGGCGCUCCAAACAGUUAUAUUGUGGCCGGUUCUAUUCUGCGCAGUUCUAUUAUGUUGGACCGCCAAUUUCUCAGGCAGCGGGAAGCAGAUUUUUGGCAUAAACAGACCAGAAUUUCAAAUUUUCUCCACCAAAAAUUGUUGAAAUAAUCCAUGCUCCAAAUUUUCAGCGUCUCAAAGAGGGAUUCGAUCUGAAGAAGCAUCCGAAACUGGGCGCCGCAGUGCUCAAGGAUUUGUCGGCGGAAGCGUACAAGAAUGUGGGCGGAAAGUUCGGAGAGGUAAACGAAUUUCUCUCUACUCAAACUAUGGACCGCCGAGUGUUUCGAAAAACUCAAAAUCCGGAGAGUGUGACAACAUGAAUGUGUUAAAAUAUUUAUUAGUUUCAAAUUGAUAGCUGACAAUAGACGAGAUCACUAGGCCCACGCAUUUCGGUUCCAUCGCUAAGUGCUCGAAUGACAAGUCCAUCCGCGGCAGACCGAGAAGAAGCCGUGACUGGAACGGACGCCGCCGCCGCGAUGCACCACUUGGCCAUUCGGAUAAUAAUAUUGAUGAACGGGCGGGUAUCCGUGGUACGGAUUGUAGAUUUGAUUGGACAGCACCUCGGGAGACGUGUGCAACAAUUGACACGAGCACACGGAGAAAAAUAGAAGAAUUAGGAGCAUUUUUGCAAAGUUUACCAACUACUUUUCCGAGUUUUAUGCAGAUCCGAGAGGGGCGUGACGUGUUUUCGUGUGCCUUUUGAUUCUUUGAUACUUUGACAUAAUUUACACACUGUUCGCAUGCCAUACACGUUUCGGUUCUGGUACAUGUGACUAUAGAGGAUUCGGACAAGAACAAGACAUUGCGAUUUACAUGGAUAUUGUUAAGACGCAUUUUAGACGAAACUGACUUGAAAACAGUUGCUUAGAAGUUUGCGGUUUUUGCAGAAUGUUCUAUAACAACUUUGUUUGAAGUUCUGGACUUUUGGCCCAAUUGCAAAUGUCCGAAAGUUCAGCUCUUUUGUUAAGUCUUCAAGAAACAGAAAAAAAAGAGAAAAAAACUGAAACUGACCCCCCAUGAAAAUUGGCAAUUUGCAGAUCCGCGACGCGUACUCGCUCUACAUCGGAGUGCCCGAGACGGAGUCGAUCCUGCUGUCGCCGGUGCGGAAACGAGUCAUCGACGUGUUCACGCGCGUCAACUCGUUCGUCGCCAAAACGUACGACGACGAGUCGAGAGCGGUGGCCGCACUGCCGAACGUCCAACAACUCGUCCUGAUGCUCAACAAAUAG